UCUUCACUAGGAAAGGAAAAGGAGGAAAGUGUAGUGCAAGCUGGACGAGCAUCGCAUUCGUGUCAGGUCAGAUCCAGAAGUAUCGUCCAGAACGCAGACACGUGGAUAGUAACCAAUAGAAAGUUGACACGUCCUUACGCCCCCCAUGUAUUAAUUACUAUUGCCGGUGACGGGUUUAUCGUAUAGCUUAAUUCUCCUGUCAAUUGUUGCCAGGAGCACCUGAUCGCGAGAUGGAUUAUAUGGUGCUUUUUUCAAGCCUCGCAGUACUCUUGCUUUACAUAAGUUGGAUUCAAGCCAAGGGAACCCAGCAUGUAACCUGUGGCUCUGUACUGAAAUUAAUGAAUGUAGAUUACAAUGUGAGGCUACACUCCCACGAAGUAAAGUAUGGUAGUGGUAGUGGGCAGCAAUCGGUAACAGGUACCAAUGCCAAAGAAGAUGGUAAUUCCUAUUGGCUCGUUAAAGCUGAAUCAGGAAAGCAGUGUAUGCGAGGGAUGCCGAUUAAAUGCGGAGAUACUAUCAGACUGGAGCAUAUUGCAACAAAGAAGAAUCUUCACUCACAUCUCGUUAGCUCGCCGCUAACCGGAAAGCAGGAAGUUUCUGCCUAUGGGGAUGCCAGAGGAGAGGGUGAUACCGGCGAUAACUGGAUGUUGAUAUGUCACAGAUUUUGGGAAAGAGAUGAUACAAUCAUGCUGAAGCAUAUUGAUACCGAAAAGUACUUGGCUGUUACUGGCAGAACUUAUGGUACUCCAAUUAGUGGACAGACUGAAGUAGUAGGCGAAUACUCUCCAAAUAGUCCACACACGCAAUGGUCGGUAAUGGAAGGACUGUUUAUUCAUCCCAGCGACUUCAAAGCACAGCAUUUUCUGCACACGGAAUUAUAAAGAUAAUUUUUAUAAAUGGUAACUCUUUCUACAAGGCAUGUAUAUAAGCGUUGCAGAGAAUGCGUGAAUAAACUAGGCGAAGUGCAUCAUUAUAAUGUUAAGAAGUUAUCAGAAAAAGACUUAAAAUGUCAUUAAAUGACAUUUCUUUCUCGAGCGCAAUUUAUUUAUUGUGAUAAUAUUAAUGUUGUAUUUUUUUAGAAAACAGAAUCAGUUCCUUUUAAGUUGAAAAAAAUUACACAGAAUCAGUUGCUUUAAAAUUUUUUGUGAAUAAAAUUAUUUACAUUGAAUUUAAAUUUAACAAUAUUCUGAGCCCUACUAUCACAUUUUGCAUCAUUAUAAAUUUUAAUAUAUAUAUGUACUAUAUAUUUGAAUUAAAUUAAUAAAUUAAAUAAAUUAAAAAGUAUGAGUCUUCUCUUGUGUAUAAAAAUGAUCGUGUUAAAUAAAUUAAAGUUUAAAUAAAUCAAUUAAAAUAAAUUUAUUAUUUAGGAAAUCUAUAUUACUGUCAGGCAUAAAUAACAAAUAAAUCGAAUCAAGUAUAGAGCAUGAAACCGAAAA